AUGCGCUCUCUGCUGCACACUGUCACACUAGACUGCCGGCCCUCUUUCGUUAUCUCGACUGCAUCCUCUGUCGGCGUCCUUGGCCGCGCUCACUACUCGUCAACCACCGAACCCGAGUGGACUCCCACGCGUCAAUAUGCAAGCAAGAGCUCCGAAAUUCAAGCUCAACGCUACGCUACAGACCCUAAGUUCCGCGCCCAGACACAAGCAUACAUGAGAGCAAGGUAUCAGAAGAACAAGGAAGAAAUGAAAGCACGGUAUGAGGAGAAUAAGGAAGAAAGACUCGUCUACAUGAGAAAAUACCUCAAAAAGCACCCGGAGAAGGCACAAACCACCUGGCACAGGUACAGGUCGACACCUAAUUUCGACCAGCGCUAUAACGCUCCUCGAAGGGCCAGAUAUGCUUCUGACCAUCACUUGCGCCAAAUGUCAGGCUUAAGACAAUGGGUUAGGAACAACCCGGACUGGGUCCCCGGACUCAGCUGGCCGACUCACAGACCCAUCUGGUCCGACAAGGCUUUGCACUACUGUAUUGGCUGCAAACACACCAGACCUCUCAAGUUGUGGUGGCAGGACAAGAAGACUGACGAAUUCAUGUGUCAUCCUUGCUUCACAAGCGACUGGUCCAGAGCUCUGCCACUCGACUACGAGGACAAGGUGUUCGGUAGCAAGCGCAGGACCCCAUCCAGGUCAGCCAACGAGAGCAAAUACGACCCCUGA